AUGUUCGGGUGCGUCCGCCACCGGUACGAUAACUUCUUGUCGACAGCCGGAUCGCGCGCGGGCGACGUCGCGGGCGGCGUAAUGCACGUCGACGUGACUUCGGAGGGUCGGUGUGGCGGCGCGUGUACGCGUCUUUCUUAAAAUAGCUCUCCGAAUACCCGCGCCACCCCGCCGUUUCUCGUGACGCCUUUUCGGGUCGCGCUUAGUUACCAUCUCCCGAGGAGAACUGGCAUCACCCAGUAUCGUAAGCACCGCGAUAAACCGACGACAUGUGCACGACGGCGGACUGCGAAGGAGGCGCCCGUGGAUUGUAUACGUCCGUCAAGUGGACAUCGAAGAGGAUAUCGACCACGCGCUCGGAUAAUCGUGGCUGUUAAUUAUGAUCUGAAUCCAAAGACUGACACGAAGCCGCCCACGGACGUAGCCCGUUUGGAGUCGCUUCGCCCGCUCUCUUCUCGAACGAGCCGCGCUCCAAAAAAGACUGACGUCUGCCUCAGACUUCGACUUAAGCCGUCAGGACACUUGUAUACUAACUGGACGCUCAAACGUCUCUGACCGAGCCAUAAACAACAAUCCGUUAUUUGGCGGAAGUUUGAAUCUCGUUUGAUCCCUGGAUGCUUGGACUUGUGUAACGUAUACGAGUCACUCGGAGAUAAUUGAUCCGUUGCCUUUUAGAUCAUACGUGCUAAAUAAUUUCACGCUCAUAUAAGAUAUUUCGAACGCUCUCGACUGCCAGCGAUUAUUGAGACUGAAAUACCAAAGCUACAAUUGGGAUUUUAGUAGAGUAAUACGAUACUCCGAUUUUCAUAUCGCGGCACACUUUCCGCCUGAUCGUAAAUCAUUACUAUGCUCAAUUAUUAUAAUCGCGUGCGGUGGCCGUCGAUCUUAUGAAAAGAACCAUCUUAUUCCAGAUAAAUUUUUAGUGCGACUGUACGUUAUUCCAAAUGUAUAUUGCUAAUUAUACACAUCGUUUUAUAUUGCUCAGUUUAUAUUGCUUGUUACCUUCGAGAGAUGAAAAUCGCGGUGAUUGCAACAAUUGCGGAAGUAUUGUGCGAUACGCAAUGAUUGACAAAUCGUAAACAGCCGUCUUACGCGAUUUUAUAUGAGGAAAAUAUUUAAUACGGUGGAAAAUAAUCGAAUUACGAAGCGACAGUUUCGCUGUCAUAUCGAGUUGAAAUUUCUUACAAACAUCGGCGCUGAAAUUUUGCGACGUUAAAGCGAAAAGAAACGCACUCGGAUAGUUCUCGAAUAUAUACGAGAACCCGAAAAUAGAUCGGUGGCGAUGCAAUACCGCGGUAUUACCAUCCUUCCGGGAAAAACUGCGCCACGGACGAAAUUGUGAAGCAAGUGGCUCAAAUAGACUUUCAAAUAGUCAUCAUUAUAUAAGAUCUUUUUUAAAUAUAUUACGGAAUUGGAUGAGGAAUCGGAUGAGCAGACGCGGAUAUUGCGCGUGAUUCCCGGCGUUUUAUAUACGUUCGAGGAAAGAGAGAGAGAGAGAGAGAGAGAGAGAGAGAGAGAGAGAGAGACUUGAAAUCCAUGAACAGAAGGAGAAUACGGACGAGAGAAACGCAUCAUCGUCUGCUCGGUACGGAGGUGGAGAGGGCAGACCGUUCGGACGUGUUCUUCUGGCAGCAGAGCCGAUUGGAUAACAAUAAUGUCGUGCGGUGGUGGAUGAAGUCACGGCGGAGGCUGAGGGGAAAGAGGGGCACAAGAUGUAUGGACGUCAGGAUAAUUCGGGCGACGGUAGCUCGAGCCAGGUGCCACCGUGGCUCGUGCGCGCCGAAGUCACGAUUCGCCACGGUGACGCGGUGACCUCCGAGACCGUGCAAAUGCCUCCGGGCACCACCACCACCACCACCGACGCGGGCGGUAUCCGCAUGAUAUGCCGCUGGAAUACGAGCGAGCCGAGCUCGACGCCGACGCCGAUAACGGCGCCAGCCGCCGCGACGUCCAACGCGUUCCCGUCGUCGGGUUGCGUCCCCGGCGGCUUCGGAUUUCAACGGGGCAAUAUACUCUUUACGUCCACGCCGCCCCAAAGAUCGCCGCCCCAGAGAUCAGGCGAGUCUUACACCCUACCGCGCUCGGGCUCGUCCGGUAAUGACGACUCCGUCUCGUCCAGAGGUCGAACGAACGUUUCUGAUUCCGGCUACAACAGCGAACAGUUCACGCCGCAGACGUAUUCGAGCCUGCCCACGCGGCGCUCGUCCCAACAGUACAAUCGCCGAUGCAAGAGCACGUGCAACAUCGUGCUCUCCACCGCGGGCGCGGAUAAGUCGAACCCUGAGAAAGUCACUACGUCUACUGAGUCCUCGAAGAUCCCGUUCGUCGAUCAGUGGUACCGUCGACCCUCGUACCAACAUAUCUUCUCGCGUCACCAAUUCAGCACAGUUCCGGAAGUCUGCGAGGACUGCGCGGAGGGAAGUACGUCUAGUGCCUUCACUACACACUUUUGCACUCGCGUCACCGAAAAGACCACAAAUAGUCGGAGCACCGCGAUAAGUAAGGACGCGGCAUCGCAAACCACCGAUAUCGAAUCGGUGCGUUCGUCGUCAACCGUGAAGAGCAACAAAAUCAAGAGAAAACCUAGCACUGGUGUCUAUCAACGUAGCGAGCAGAAAAAACAGCAGGAAAUUCGUUCGCCCCCACCGUCAGUUGGAAACACCAGUAACGAUCCUACGGUUGAGCCAGAAAAGUCGGAUUCAUCCACGAAAGAAGACGGCAGCAAGCGUAAGUCGCGUACGGUACAUAUCGACGUGUACUGCACGGGAUCCGACGACGCCAGCACGGACACGAUCAGCGAGGACGAACGCAGUACGCCCAUGACCGUCUUCGAGAACGAGGACGUCAAAGUCACUCACACUCAAGCGGCGGACAACUUGCCGCGAGGAUUUCAAGACGCGAAUGCGUUUCUGAAGCGCAGCGCCGAGCGACGAUGCGCGAGUUUCAGAAACGCACCGAUGAGACUGCCUUCGUUGGCGAGCUCAAAGGGGUACGACAGCGAUGAGGUUCUGAGUUCCCUUUACCCCUCGCGAUUUAGCUCGUACAGCGGGAUACGAGACCUCGAUUCUCUCCCGUGCUCCGCGAUGUCAUCUAGCACGGCUCUUUCGCCGUGCGAUUACGACUCGACGACCAUGACAUCGUCAAAGGAUACGUUCUCGGAUAUAGAGUCCUUGAUCAAUAGUAAAUCUGGCUUGACUCCUUGCGACAGUUUCGAAUACGCCAAUACCGCAGAUCGUGAUAGAAUACGGAGAAUGGACAUUUUAGCGAAAGCUGAUAAUGAGAGGAACAAGACCUGGCGAUCGCCGCAAAUUGAACGAAAGCAUCUACUACAAAACAGAAAAAUGAGGGAGUACUUUGAGAAACACGAAAUAGGUUGGUCGUCUGGAGAGAGUGAUUCCGACGAGAACGAAGCAGUCGGUUGGAGUUUUGUGUCCGGCGAUGACAAAUCACGACUUGUUAAAGCAGAUUCUAGCCGUCGUACGAACAAGGGUCAAAUGGAGGAAUCUAAUGCAGCUAAUUUAAAUUCGGAGGAUAGAAACGCUCAAGAGGAACGCUCUGAGUCCGCAGAGAUACGCAGAGAUUAUGUUCCAUAUUCGAAUAUUCUACGCGAUCGUAUCGGUCCGUUUGGAUCGAAGAGCCCGUCUCCUCUCCCUUCGACCAUACCCUCCCGCGUAACAUCUCCCUUCGCUACGUCAUAUGGAGAAAGAACUGAUCAUAUCAUAAAAGCUUCAAAAUUUGGAGCAGUAGUUAACGCGUUUCGAAAGCCCGGGCAUCAUAUAGGUCCUUCGAAAAAUCCAACGUGUUCGUGCGAACAUUGUCGAAGAUAUUUCGAGGGUGAAGGGAGAGGACGGUCCUCUUCGUUGAGCGAACUCGAAUGUCAUCCGGCAUUCAAAUCGCGAAAAGAGUGAUAUUUGAUUUUAAUUCUGGAUAUUUUAAAUAAUAUAUUGAUUAUUUAGUUCUUACAAGAUGACAAAGCUUUCCAUUUUAUUUAUUUAUAUUGUAAGAUUUGUAUGCGUAUAAAAAAUUAAUUGUGUUCCAUUGCGAUUAUGGCGAUUGAGAACAUUGCAAAUUUGUAUAUUGUGAUUUGUGUGCUUAAUUUAUAUUUCUUAAAAUAUUCCAUUUACCCUAUGUUGUAUAUAGUUUUUUUUAUCUAAAUUAAUUAUUAUGAGGGCUGCUAAACACAUUCUGCUGAAAAUUGAGCAUUUAUAAAAAUUAACAAAGAUGUAUUAUACUGAUUGUACUGUUAAUAAAUAUUA